AUGGUGCGACGUGCGAAGGGACGAUCGGCGCCUGCCUCCGCACCCAAAGUGCCUCCCUCCGAGCAGGUAUUGCAGCCCCGCGAUGCAGGCCGCUGGCCCAUCUGGCACAUUCUCCAGCUAGUGUUUUUCACGAUGUUCUUGCAGCCGGCUCUGCUCACACUGACCCUCAUUGACUUGGCGCGCUACGUAGACGCAUCCUCGUUCCUAGGCGGGCUCUUGCACAAGAUUUCGCUUAUUCUGCGGCCUGGCGAUCGUCUGGCGGAUCGAUCGGCGGAGCGUCUAGCAUGGGACAUGGUCCUGGCUGUACAAGGCACAGCGCUCACGCAAGCAUGGUACUGCAUGCGCAUGCAUAGCUGGUGUCAUCGCGCGGAGGGGCACGAACGUCGUGAGCCGCCGUCUGAGCUCAAGAAGCGCUCGCUGGCUGUGCAUACGCAGAUCGAGGGUGUCGUCUUUUCCUCAUUUUCCCUGCCGCUGCUCUGGCUCUUGGCCUCUGUAGCGCUUGUGUUGGUGGGCGCGCCGCUGCAUACUGGCUACUUGGGCACGGCCACGUUGGCGGGCUACCUGGCGCUGCUGGGCUUGUGGCCUAUGGCGCACAUCUUUGGCGCGCCGCCUUCACCGGUAUGGACGCGAUGGCUUGCGGCGCCGUCCACAGCGCUGCCGCGUGAGAUCCUGGUCAUCGUGCCAUGCCUGUGUGCGUGGCUCGGCGCAGGUCUAAGUGCCGCCGUUCUCGCUCUUGACUGGGGCCGCGCAUGGCAAGCAUGGCCCGUACCGUGCGUGUAUGGCGCUGCAGUCGGCGUCGUGAUUGGCCAUGCAUUGGCUCUGGGCUUGUGUAUCGCACAGGUGUAUCGCGACUUGCGAAAGAGCGUUCAUGACUAG